GGUUUUACAUAUAUUUUGAUGGUUAUUGGUUUCCGGUGAUUUUUGAUUUACAUUUAAAUUAUCCCUACAUAAGUAUGCACAUAUAUAGGUGUACUUUAUGGCAGAAACAAUAGCUACAUGUGCGGGUUCAAGUGGAGGAUCCCAACCUCCACGAGAUCCCCAUAGAGUGCCAUCUUCGUGUGAGUCAGGUUCAGAAACACAGAAAACAAAGCGGAAAGGGAGAGGUUCAGCCAAGGGAAACAACAUUAUGUUAGCCGUAGCUAAAGAUGGAAAGAUCAAAGUUCAAUUUGAUUCGGCAAGGAAAACAUGGAAGGCAGUAGGGCCAAAAGCUUCUUGGUGGUCAAGCGCAAUAGGCAUACACACUCGGGACUGUUGUGAUCCGUUCUACGAUAAGUGGGACGAUGUUCCAGCCUGUCAAAAAGCUAUGAUUCGACAUAGGAUGUUGGACUGGUUUGAGUGCGAUAAUGACAAGCUUUUUGAUGAAGUAUUGAUUCGAGAUGCUCGAGAGUCCUACAACGAUUGGAAAAGUGAUUUAUCUGUGUAUUUUAAGAACAAAG